AACGCGCUGAUUUUCAUAAUGAAGAAGCUAUCACCAUUGUGUUUAUACUUUACGUUUGCAAUUGUCAAUUCUUUUGUGUUGGAAAAUGACGUAGUAAAUCUCAACAUGAAUGAUAACGAAGGACACAAUGAUUCGGAGACAAAUCAAGACCUUCUUCAUCAAUUGCCAGUUUCCUCUGGAGGAAGUAAUCACCUAAAAAAGAGAUCCGUUGAUUUUGACAAUUAUUUCGACGAAGAUGUUGAUAAUCCGUUUCAAAAUUCUAUGCCUCGGCAUAUGGCAGUGGGAGUUCGGCCUCCUGUUGAAUUUGAUUCGUUCUUCGGAGAAAAUCCCAAGUCCCGAUCAAAACCUUUAGUUUCGCCAGUAAUAUCAUCAUCAAAUGAAAACGUUGUGGUUCCGCAAUUCAUGCUGGAUCUUUUCAAUCGCUUUGACCAAGACAAAUCAAUGCAACCAACAUCUAACAUCAUUCGCAGUUUUCCAAAUAAAGCAACAAUGAAACAUCAGUUGAUGUUCAAUUCACAAGUUUCUGAUUGUGACAGAAAUCCACAUGGACAAGUUUGUGUGACAAAGCGUCUCCUACUGUUUAAUAUUUCGUCAAUUCCGUUGCAUGAACAAAUUACCCAGGCCGAAUUGCGAUUUCAUUUAGUUUUGAAACAGUUUAGGUGGCCUGCAAUUGGCGUCGAUAUAAAAAUCGAAAUCAUUGAAGUCAAUUGUCAUAACUUAAAAUCAAAUACGUGGAGAGAAGAUUCUAAUCGAUUCUGCAAACAAGACGAGCUGGACAUUCAAAACGCAAACAGAAGAGUGAUUGAUACACGUCAACAAACAGUUCGAAGGGAUGGGUGGGAAACUUUCGAAAUAACUGGAGCAAUGCAGAGUUGGAUUCGCAGGAAGAAACUACAUCAACUUGAAGUUCACAUUACAAUGAUGGAUACUACUGAUGGCAUUAUUGAUAUUGAUCCCGAUCCAGCAUCUCCGCGAGAACCUCUGCUUGUUGUUUUCUCCGAUGAUACAAGUAGAAACAGACAUCUUGAACAUAGGGACGAAAUGCGUGAAAUGUUGGCGCAUCAGACUGACAAGUCACUGCCUGUUACACCAGUCGAUUUUUACGAAUUUGGGACAGUUGAUUAUAAACGUAAGAGGCGUUCAAUCAUAGAUCGAGAUAUCGAUAUUGAAGUUGGAGGAAUAAAAGUUCCAGUGAAACUUAGAGAUCCAGAAGAUGCAGCACCAUUAGCAUCCAAACGCAGAGAAAAACGCUCAACAAGUCAUGGUCCACACUGUCACAAGGCGGAUAUGUAUGUGAAUUUCCAUGAAAUAGGUUUUGAUUGGAUUACGAAACCAACUGGAUACAAAGCAUACAAAUGUAUAGGCACAUGUGAAUUACCAUUGACCGGUGAUACGACAAAACACGCAACUAUUCAAGCGGCAGCGCACUUGCGAUUUCCAUCCCUGCAUAAAAGUCCAUGCUGCGUUCCAACGAAGCUAGAACCAAUAUCAUUAUUAUACUAUGUUGAACCAGGAGUGAUAGAAUACAAAUAUCAAUAUGGCGGAAUGAGAGUAUCGGAAUGCGGAUGUCGGUAGAUUAGACAUAUGCAUUGCUGAAGCUGAGAUAAAGCAUAUCACGGUGGAAUUCUUCGGAAAGCGUAUUAGGGCACAUUGGAAAAUGAUACCAGAAAGCAGACGUGAUAAUGAAUAAUCACAAGUGAGAUUUUGCCUUCCAAAAAAUCAUUCGAAUUUUCAUCCAGUUGUUGCUUGACUCAAUCAUUUGGUGUUCAUUGACUUUUGACAGUUCGACCAUGGAGUAACCCGUUUUUAAACAGUUGAUGGAUUUGCCCAAAAUCGGAUAAAGAUAAAUAUACCUAGUGGUUCGCAUCGAAUACAGUUUCAAAUCUGACAUCAAUGUCA